ACUGCACUCCACGUCAGUGUGGAAUUAAGCAUCUCCGGAGGAGUCCCACAAGAACACACCUCUCCUAGCUAAGCUGCGAUGAAGCCUAUAAAUGACCACCAAAACCGAGCUCAAUGAAACCACGCACUCCUCUAGCUACAAACAGAUCUAGCUCCAGCUAGUUAGAUAACUUUGCAUCCACCCAGGAGAGGGAAAGUUCGAGAAUGUUCCGGUGCGGCGGCGGUGGCGGUGGCAGGGGCAAGACGGUGGCUGGGAGCACCAGCACGGGCGCUGAGCUUCCCGUCGAUGGAGCUGUGCGGGUGACGAAAGUGGACAGGAUCCAGGCUUACAAUCUCGUCUCCAGGCCAUCGGUGCACCACGCCAUCUCGCCGGCGGCGUCGGGGCCGGCGGAGAGCCUGGCCGUCAGUGUUGUCCGGGUAGGGGACGUCGUGGACGAAGCUGUGCGGGUGACGAAAGUGGACAGGAUCCAGGCUUACAAUCUCGUCUCCAGGCCGUCGGUGCACCACGCCAUCUCGCCGGCAGCGUCGGGGCCGGCGGAGAGCCUGCCCGUCAGGGUUGUCCGGUUCGGGGACGUCGUGGACGAAGAAUCCGACGGCCUCAUCUCGGUGACCAUCACAUAGAACUAACUACUCUCUACUAGUAAUAACUAGGCCUGUCGUGCCUUAAGCGUGUUUAACGUUUCGUCAGAGAAACAUAUGUACGCGCACCAGUGGGUUUAAGUGUAAUGGCAAUAGCACGUGGAAGGAUAUUAAUAAACUUGGAGAGAAAAAAAUGUUUUCCUCUAAA